AUGUCCGACAGUAGCUCAGCAGGGCUUGUGGAGGCACUUGCUCAUGCCCUUGUCGGUGGCGCCUUGCUCAAGGCGGGCCGCUCGGGCAAGCCCCACUUUCGCCAAUUCAGGCUGGCCAGAGUCCUGUUUGAGGACGUCAACGAGGUCCGCAUCGGGCAAAAGACCAAGGUCUUCUCGUCCAACCGCAUGAUCGAGCACGAGCACAUCUCGUUCUCACUCAUCACCUCGUCGCGGACGCUGGACGUUAUCUGCAAGGACGUCUCCGAGUUCCAGCUGUGGACAAUGGCGCUGCAGGCUAUCGUCGAGGGCCGGAUCGUGGGCGACUCGCCCGAGCUUACCGACGCACUCCAGCUCGCCGACUCGGGCGCCAAGUCGUCGGAGCUCACCGUUCAGGUCCGCGGCAAGUCUGCGGUCGUCCAGCGCCGCGAGGACGCGUCGGAUCUGUACACCUGGGGCGACGGCGCGUCUGGCCGGCUUGGUCACGGUGACGAGGAAUGUCGCCUUGUGCCGCAGGUGGUCGAGGCUUUGCUCGGCACCGACGUGCGGACCUUUGCCACCGCCGCUGCCCACAUGGGCGCCAUCUCGCCCGCCGGCCGCCUUUACAUGUGGGGCCGCGGCGGGUUCGGCCGCCUCGGCCAGGGCCAUGAGCGCAAUAGGGUAACCCCGCUCAUGGUUGGCGAGCUCCGCGAGACCAAGGUCGUGGCUCUCGCCGCCGGCGACGCCCACACCCUCGCCCUCACCGACAGCAACGCAGUCUAUGCCUGGGGCUCGGGUGCCGACGGCCGCCUGGGCUUUGAGUGUGCCAAGAAGCGGACUCCCAAGGAAGUACCGGCCGCCGGCGCGCUCGACGUGACCCAGGUCCUGUGCGGUGCCGUCUCGUCGGCCGUCGUCACUGCCGCCGGUGCGCUCUACACCUGGGGCAGCUCCGACCACGGCCAGCUCGGCCACGGCGACCUGACACAGGUCACCGAGCCCAAGCUAGUCGACGCCCUGGCCGACGCCGGCGUCGCCGUCGCCUUUGCCGCCAUGGGCGUCUCGCACACGGCCGCCGUCACCACCGACGGCCGGCUCUACAUGUGGGGUUCCGGCGAGUCGGGCAAGCUCGGUACCGGCUCUGAGGCCGACGCCCUUCUCCCCACCCUCAUCGACCACCUCACCGACGUCAAGGCUGUCGCCCUCGGCGCCUCUCACACCGUCAUCCUCCUCGCCGACGGUUCGGUCUACGCCUGCGGCUCCAACAGGAUGGGUCAGCUCGGCAUCGGCGCCAAGGACGUUGUCCAGGAGACCCGUCCGGUCCGCGUUUCCCUUCCCGACGGCCUCGUCGUCCGCCACAUCUCGUCGGGUAACGACCACGUCGCCGCUGUCUCGGCCGACGACAAGGUCCUCACCUGGGGCCUCGGCCUCGGUGGUCGCCUCGGCCACGGCUCCGAGGCCAACCACUGGCAGCCUACCUUUGUCGAGCUCUUCAACGACAAGGUUGUUCGCACCGUCGAGUGCGGCGGCGCACACACCGCCGCGUCGGUCGUCCACGGCUGGGUCGAUGACGGUGAGACUAAGCAGUGCAUGGCAUGCAAGUCGCCCUUUACUUUUGUUCGCCGCCGCCACCACUGCCGCCGCUGCGGUGGUCUCUUCUGCGGCUCGUGCUCCUCGCGCAAGUUCCCCCUCCUCUCGCUCGGCUUCUCCGAGGCUGUCCGCGUCUGCGACAAGUGCUACUCGAUUGUCUCGAACUGACUGCUGCCAAGCCGCACGCCCAUC